AUGAGUACAACAAAAAAGAUGUCAAUUUUUGUUUUACAACCUAAUGCAUUACAUGCUCAAUGGCAAGGAGAAAAAUUGAAUAGUGUUUUUCAAUUAUUAGAAUCAAGUAAUUUUCAACCACAUAUGAUUGAUGAAGAAACAAUGAUUAAUAUGAAAGAUUUAAAAGGAAAAAUGUUUGUUAUUGAACCAUUUUCUGGUCAAUUAUUUCAAUAUUUAAAAAAUAAUAAAGCCUGGGUUCUUGGUCCACAAUUAAUUACAACAUGUGUCGAUCAUAAUAUUACCAUUCCAUGUAGUUCUUAUCCUCUUUAUUCACUUGCUAUGCAAUCAUUAACUAUUUGUUGUACCAAUCUUUCACAUGCUGAUCGUGAAAAAAUUCGUCGAUCUGUCGCUUAUAUGGGUGGUAAAUUUCAAACAAAUCUUAAUGCAAAUGUUACUCAUUUAGUAUGUGGAACUUGUGCAGCAUCAGAAAAAUAUUUUGUUGCCGUUGAAAAUGGAAUACAAGUAAUGAUGCCAGAAUGGAUUCAAAAUGUACUUGUACUUUCUGGACAAAAAACAGUAAAAGGAACGGAUUCAACAUUUGAUCGUUUUAAAUGUCCACUUUUCUAUAAAUUUAUUAUUUCAUUAUCGGGUUUUGCUGAACGAGAUCGUAAUACAAUUAAACAAUAUGUUGAACGAGAAGGUGCAACAUAUUCACCAAGUUUAAUUAAAGAUAAAUGUACUCAUUUGAUUUGUAAAGAACCGAAAGGUUCAAAAUUUGAACAUGCAAUUAAAUGGAGAAUUCCAACACUUAAACCUGAAUGGAUUUUUGAAAGUAGUGAAAAAGGUUCAUGUCUUCGUUUAACGAAUUAUUUAUGGCCAACACCAACUAUUGAAUUAAAUAGUAAAAAUGAAAAACCUUUAAUGAGUGACACAAUUGAUUCAUCAUCAAAAAUUAUUACUGUUGAUCAACGAUGUAAAUCAACAUCAUUAUUAACUAUAGAAGACAUGAAUGAUCUUGAAGAACGUUUUGAUAAAUGGAUGAAUAAUCGAUCGAAAAAAAUUGUAGAUGAUUUAUUCGAUGGUUUAAAGGUAUUCUUAGGUCAAUUUUCUUCAGUAUUAAGAAUGCGUAUGCAAAAAAUUCUUGAUGGUGGAUGUGCUAUUCGAUUUGAUACGCUCAAUCCAUCAGUAACACAUAUUAUUCGAGGUACUGAACCUUUUUCAAACUAUACUCAAAUAUCUGUAAUUGCACCAUAUGCUCAUAUUGUUAAUCCACAAUGGUUGUUAGAUUGUUGUGAAAAAAAUGAACUUGUAUCUGAAAAUGAUUAUUUAUGUUCAUCGGAUCGAGAUGAAAAACAAGAUUCAAAUCAAAUUUUAAUAGAUGAUAAAAAGAAAAGUAGUAGUUCAAAUUCAUCUAUGCUAUCAUCAGCAUCAUUAACACGUCAACAAACAGGCAAUUUUAAUGUUGAUCAAACAUUACUCCAAGAUGAUACUCCUCGUCUUCGUCGAACACCAGGGUCUAAUGCAUCAACACCUUCAAUUAUUACUGAAUAUGCUCUUUCACCAUUUUCUUUACUUAAACGUUAUUCUAAUGUUCCACGUCCACCUGUUUUUGAACAAACAUUAACUGAUACACAAAUCGAUAAAAUUAGUGCAGAAUUACCACCAACAGAAUCACAAAUUAAUGUUGAUCGAUUAAUGUCUGAUAUUGAUAUUUUAAUGCCAACUUUACUUAACAAUCAAAGAUCAUCGUCCUCAUCAUCAUCAUUAUUAUCAAAUACUGUAUCUACAGCUUCAUCAAAAAUAAAUAUGAUGUCUUCACGUUCAUUUUUUCUUGCUCACCAAGCAAAAUUAACAAUCGAUGAAAAUUCGUCAUCAGAAGUAAAAGUAUCAUGGAUUGAUGAUUCAACAGAAGCAGAACGUAUUCGACAACAUCAGUUACAUAACUUAGAUGAAAUGACACAAUCUGAUGAUAUAUAUUAA